CCAGGCUUGUUGCACAGACGCCGGACACUGGGAGGUGGGUGGGACCAGCGGAGCAAAACCCAAAUAGGGUUCAACUCCACUGUCGAAUGUACAGCUCCAGCAGCCACCAAAAGCAAAGGAGAUGGAAGAAUUUUUGCAGCACACUAAGUCUAUUCUGAUUAAAAGAAAUGAGCUACCUCGUGUUCACGCUGUACUUGGAGAUAGAGACUGUGGUCUGGACUCUGCUGUUUCAGCUUUAGUCUAUGCUUACUUCCUUUACAAGACCCAUCCAAAAGAUCAUCUUUAUGUUCCAGUGCUGAAUGUACAAAGAUCAGAAUUUCCCCUUCGCAGUGAAGUUGUUUUCAUUUUACAACAGCUGAAUAUCUCUGAAUCUUCCUUAAUAUUCAGAGAUGAUAUUGACCUCCACAUGUUGAACACGGAAGGGAAACUAGCUUUAACACUUGUUGAUCAUAAUCGGCUGACAAGUGAUGACAAAGCACUUGAUACAGCUGUUGUCAAAAUAAUUGACCACCAAGAGGAAGAGCGAAUACAUUCUGAUCACUCUGAAAUUGUCCUGGAGCCAGUGGGAUCCUGCAUCACGCUAAUAGCUUCAGAGAUUCUCCAAGGAGCUCCAGAGCUGUUAAACCAGCAAUUAACACAUCUUCUCAGAGGUUUAAUUACAUUAGACUGCAUGAACAUGACUUUUGAAGUUGGAAGAGUGACUCUAAAAGAUAAAGAAAUAAUUGCUGCUCUGGAACAGAGGUUUCCUGAUCAACCUGCGUGCCAAGAGAUCUUUGAUGCUUUGCAACAAGUAAAGCUUGACGUUUCCGGUUUAUGUACUGAACAGAUUUUAUUGAAAGAUCUUAAAGAACUGCUGGAAGGAGAUACAAAGCUAGCUAUUAGCACUGUGUACAUGACCCUUGAGGAUUUCCUAUCUCGCCCGAAUCUUAUCGAUGAUUUCAAGAUUUUUACUGGAAGAUAUGGUUACGAUAUUCUUGUCUUAUUAACCGUGUUCCUUGGUGAAGGAGGUGAAGUAAAUCGGCAACUUGCCAUCUAUGCUGACAAUGAUGACCUAUGCAACAGAAUAUGCAAUACAUUACAAGAAUGUCAGAAUCCAUGUCUUCAACUGGAGCCGAUAGAAUAUGGGUUCCAGGAAAUCAGAGCAUAUCAACAAGGAAGUUCUUCAGAUUCGUGCAAGCAAAUUCUUCCAAUUAUAAAAGACUGUAUCCAUAGGAGGCAGCAAGGAAUGGUGCUGAACAGGAGAACUUCCUCCACCGAAGCUGUUAAUGGCAGCGCUCCAGUUUCAGAAGGAUCAUCUGGAGUUCUCGACUUAUCUGGUCCUGAUGUGGAUUCUCAGAACCCAGAAGAUAUCGGUGAUAACCUUCUGGACAAUUCUCAAACUAUGAAUUCUUCUUUACAGGCCCAUGGUGAUGGUAAUUUAGAUCUUAUGAGCCCAGACAGUGGGCUAGCUACCAUCAGAAGUAAUCGUUCAUCCAAAGAAAGUUCAGUUUUUCUCAGUGAUGAUAGCCCGAUCCGAGAAGCAGUUGCUCCACCAUCCAACAUUGCCCACGGAUAUGACUUGUUCAGUUCACUGCCAGAAGGUGAACUAUUGGACAAAAUUGUACCAUCAGCUGUUAAUUUGAAUAAUAAUUUUGACCUGUCUGUUCUCGAUCCAACACACUGCAAUAACCCCCAAACUGAUCUUCCAGGAGAUAAUGAAGAGUUCACGAUUACUAGUUUGCCGAACCUUGACUCCACUCCUACAUUAUCUAAUAAUUCACCAGAUUUUCCCACAGAUGUAGCAAAGGAAGUUAGUAGAGUAACUGAACUGGUAAAGGAAGAGGAUACCCAUGUUUACAGACAAGAACAUUCUAGAGAUAAACCAGAAAAAUAUCAAAUGAUGCAACAUUUGGUGAAUACAUCUUUAGCAUCGCAAAGCCUUCCUGACGCUGUGAUUGGAGUGGAAAUUAUAGAUGAGAAAAUUCCCCCGACCCCAAUGAACAGUCUUGUGGAAGGAUCACCCCUGGAUGAAAGUCCCCGUAAUAUAUUUGCUGAUGUAAUAGAGAAAAUGAAUGGAAUUGUUGCAGUUGAUUCUGACCAGUCAGAUUUGAAGUGUAUCAGCCAACAGAAUGAAUUUGAAGUAAGUCUGGAGUUGGCUACAGCAAGCCCAGAUGCUGCCUGGGACAGAGGUCAAAAAUCAUUAAAUGUACACACAGAACCUCCUGAUCUUUGGGCAGACUUUGCACAAGAAUUCAGUCAAUCUGAUUUUGCCCAUGGCGAUGAUAUGAAUGAAAUUGAUAUCCAGUGUAAGCAAUCAGUUCUGAAACAUGUGGAUGAUAUAUGGAAUAAUGCUGGCCAAUCCAUUUUUCAAUCCCCUUCUGCUAAACCAGAAAUAUAUGAUGAGUUGAAUGAGAGUCAAUUCAAAGAAACCACUGUGCCUCCUUUAAAUAACUUUGAUCCACAUUACAAAUUUGGAAACAAAACAUUAUUAGCAGACAUAUUCAUUACCAAUUUACCAAGACCAAAGAAUAAACAACAUAAUGUCGAUGAUCAAGAGACUGACGUUGAAUCGAAGGAAAAUGCAUUUAUGUGGGAUAAAGCUAUACAGGAAGCUGUCUGGCCUUCUGAGAUGUUCCCAGGGAUAACAAAGGACUCAGAAGAGAAAUUUCAAUAUACAGACACUGAAAAUCUAGAUUUCAGCCCAGAGCCCAAACAGAAUAUACCUCUUUCAUCACAAAUGUCAACAAUAUUAUAUGAUCCUGCACAGCAAGUUCAUUUUCCAAUUACCACAGAUUUAUCAAGUGGGAAUGAAUCUAUAAAAGAAAUUACCCAACCAACUGAUGAAACUUUACAUGCUUGGGCUAUAUUUGAUCAUGAAACUAGGAACCUGACUUCUGAACAUGAAAAAAUACUUCUUGCAGAAAAUGACCAAAACUUCCAAACAUCUCCACAUAGACAUGACAUAAAUACUGGUUAUGAGAAGGCAAAAAGACAAUUAAUUUCUGAAAAUCCAGAUGAAAGUCCACAUACUCGGAGUCAACCAUUGGAACAGUACUAUGAAGCAUGUAAUAUUUCUCAGGAUGAUCUCAAUCGGUCAACAUUGGCAUAUCCAAAUAUUUGGAGCAGUGAAAUAGAAAGCAUGAACCACACGGGCAUAAACAUAAAGAGUGAAUCCAAACAGGGUGCUCCCCUGCCAGUGUUUAAUACCAGUGUCCUAGGAACUGAGCACAUGCAAGAUGGAGAUCAAGCUAAAAUUAGUCACAGUCGGGCAAUAUUUGAAACUGUAGGGUUACCGAAAACAGAGGGAUACAAAUCAACAUCUCCAGAUAUUUCUGAUAAAUGGAAUGAAUUUGAACAGAGCUGCCAUUCAUCUUCUGACAGUGUGGAGGAAAGUUAUGAACAUGAUGAGGGAGAGAGUCAAGAAAGUGUAGAACUUCCAGAUAAAAUAAAAAGUUCUGAACAGCAAUUUAUAUACUCUGAAGCUGAAAAUCCAUGUAUGGCAAAUGCAAAUAUACAAGAGUGUACAGAGCUUUUCACAGGGAUGCAUCAUUCACGCAAUAUUUUGAAACAGUCUCAGGGUGAAUCAGCAUUCACAAGCCAAGGUAUAUUCAAUCCACUUGAGGAAAGCAGUCAGCCUCAAGCAAUCUAUUCUAACUUCUACCAAGAUUAUAAAAUGGAGGAUGGGUUACCAGGCUAUCAAAGUAAUGAAUUAUUUAGUUCUAUUGGAUUGGAAGUGGUGAAAGCAGAUAAUGAACAAACCUUGGCAAGUGCUCGUAUUUGGGGUCAAUCUCACCAAAGUGUAACAGAAAUGAAUAGGAGAAAUUCAGAUUUGCAAAGCAAAUCUGCUGAAGAAUUUUUGUAUUCCGACCUGGAAGAAAAAUGGAAAGAAUCUGCACUCAAAGCAAAUCAGCCAGUGUUCAAUCUUUCUGAUGUACAUUAUGAAGUUGAUCAGAGCAGCCAGCUGCCACUCUCUGAAAUGCUGCAAGGCCACUUGGCCUUUAUUGAUGCCAAGAAUCAGCCUUCAGAGGAAGGAAAACUGCAAACCAUGCAGAAUUCUGAACUCUAUAAAGAUUCUGCUCAAGAAUUUAUCCAGCCAUGUACAGAAAUUGAAAUUUUGAAGACAGUUGAGCAAGAGCAGCCAGAAAUGCUUUCUGCUAGAAGGGAUGUAUGCAGUGGAUCUGAACAAGAGUUAACUGAGGCAAGUGGAAAUAUUCCUGAUAUCGUAAAUGAUUAUUGCCAAAAUAUGUGCCAAGCUUCUGCAGCAAAACCUGAUUUGUGGGAUAAUUCCAUUAAGUUGGUUUUUGGUUCACCUACUGUAAAUCCUGACAUUUUAAAUGACUACGAGCUAGACUCCAGCCACUCAGCUUCAGGCAGUCUGGAUAGAUGGAGUGAAUCUGCCGAUUUGGAGAAACAAGAUUCUGGAUGUUCAGUUGCAUGGAUUGAUUCAGAAGGAAAAAAUGAAGAGAUUGUGACCAAAUUGCCUGAUAUAAUGGACCCUUCUAGACAACCAUCUUGCCUAGACAUCUUGGGUGAUCAUUCUUCAAGUGAGUCGACUGAACAAACAUCUCUUACAGCAGGUUUAAUGCAGCAGGCAACCUAUAAACCUUUGGUAAUUGGGGAUUCAAACGUUCAUAUAGAACAAUUAGAUAACAUAGAGAAAUCAAAACCUGCUGAGGCGUGCAAUGAAUCAGGGCAUUAUUUUAACACAGUAAAGAAAAGAUCUGAUGAAAGCAAAACAUUUGAAGUUUUAAGCAAUGUUAAUUUUGAAUCUCUGCAAGAUGAACAAUCAAUUUCAAUGUACCCUGAUGCUUGGGUUAAUUUGGGAGAAGUGCCUGAAACAAUUAUGACAGAUCAGAAUUUACAAGAUAAGCAUAGAGAGGUGAUAAGUUAUUAUGAUUUGGAAGAUGACGAAUGUCCAAAACAUAGAAACCAUGUGGUGAGCCCAGAAAAUCUAGAUGCCUGGAAUCCAAUGGGGGAGGCCUCCGUUUGUGUGGAUGGUACAAUGCCUUGUUCAUGGACAGACGAUAAGCAGUUUCAAAACUCAAUUUCUGAAAAUAAUGCUUUGUACCACUUGACAAAAAAUGAAACUGUAACUCAGGACAGCAGAAUAACUGUGCUUCAAGAAGAAGAAGGAAGUGUUUCAAAAGAAAAUCCAUCAACUUUAGACCUAAUCAAUAAUUUGCAAAGUACCAAUGACAAAGAAAAAGAAAUGGAACCCUUUUUUUCAAAAUCCAGAUCUGCUGAGGACUAUAUUACUUCUGAUUUAGAUAGUCCGGUAAUUGCUUUACAUAAUUCUGAAAUGAUGGACUACUACUCUGUAUCAGAAGAAAAUCUUUUGCACAUGGAACCACUGAAAGAAGCUUUUUCAGCAGUAACAGUGGACUUUAAUUUAUGUGACACAAUUUCACCUGCAGGCAACACUACCAAAACCACAAAUGAUGAGUUUGGCUGUGGAGAGAAAACUCUAUUUACUGAUGAAGAUCCCCAGCUAAGUCAUUCUGAAAUUCAAGAUUGCAAUAGCAACACUAAGCUCGAGAUGCUUAAAGAGAAUUUAGCAUUUGCCCAUAAAAAUCUAGAAAUAAUUUCAUCAAUUAGUGUUAGUGAUUCUGUCAAGCAGUCAGAUUUAUUGAAAAAUAGAACCAAAGAUGUUAAAGACAGUGACAUAUAUCCACCAGCAGAUGGCACAUCAGCACUCUCCAUCACUGAGGUAUCAAACCAAAGAAUUAUUGAAACUGAAUGUCUAACACGUGACGUGGAAAGUGAUUGGACUUCAUUUGAAAAUACAGAUAGCAGUAGUAACAGCAAUGUGACAUCCAGUUUAUCAUCCAGUACCCACAAAUCUGAUUUUUGGGAAGAUCUCAGUCCUGAGGGUGGCAGUAUACUUGAUGCUGAAGGGAUUUCUGUUUCAGAGAGCAGUACUGAAACUGAUCCGAUAAAAGGAAAUGAAUCAAGAGUGGAAAUUGCAGAGAGUUUGACAGAGUUCUGCAACAGAGGAAAUGAUCCUCUCUUGAAACAAAAGUCUGACAUUCAGAAUGGCUUAUUGGUUUCUUCAGUCAGUUCACCUGCAACCCCAACUGCUAACAACAGCUCGUCAGAAAUUGAAUACUUGCCUGAACAUCAUACCAUUGUAAAUCCAAAUGAACAACAUAGCAAAGACAUUGAACUGACUUCAAACAAGGACUGCAGUGCAGGAGACAUAGAUUAUAUAUCUUUAUCUGGGAACGAUAAACCCUUUGAAAAGGCCGAGGAUAUGCAGGUCAUCAAAAGCUUGGUUGUUGGAGAGGCAAUCCCAACAAAUAUGAAAACAGACUUUCAAGAAGGUAUGCUUUCAACAUUUCCUUCAGAUUCAACUCAACAAAUGCUCACUGGAAAUGAAACCAGUGAUCUUGAGAACGUUUCCACUGAAACCCUCUCAGAGGGCCAAUUUGUGACAAAUAAUGGCCAGGAUGCAGGGGAAGAACAUUUAGAUGCGAAAAUAACCGAAAAUCAACAAAGUAAAGGAGGAAUGGAUGCAAGUGAUCGAUUCGACGGCUCAUCUGAUGAAAGUUCCAGCAGGACAGAAAUAAGUAUAUCUGACUCGGAGAAUUCUGUAAAAGAGCUAAAAGCAGCAAGACCUCCAAAUGAUGAUGCAUGCAGAGAAAAUUUUGAAGAAUCUAAGACUGGACAUAAUGUUAUAGGUCAAAUGUCAUUAGAAACAAAACAUACAAAUCAUUCUGAUAAGAUUGGAUUCACAGACAAUCCACGCCAUGAUGAAAUUGAGUGCACCGUAUCUCAGUUCCCCUCCAGAGACAAUACAUUUACAUCUGAUGCUGUAAUAGGUGUAAUAGUGGCAAAUCAGGAUAUUUCAGAAUCAACUGGAAAUCAACAAAAAAAAGAAGAGACUUCAGCUGAACAAAGUGAAUCAACUGAAGUAAGUUCCUUAAAAUGUGUGCAAAAGCAAUUAUCUCCAAGCUUUGAGUCAAUGGCACAAGAAACGGUUUGUGAACAUACUGAGGAAGUAACAGAACAGUUCCGGUCUGAAGAAUAUGCAAGAUCAUCGACAAAGGAUGUAGGAAUGGACAUCCCCUUUGAUGAGGGUUCGCCAAGUCCCUUAGCUGAAGAAAGCAGACCUGUGCCACCAAAUUCCCUGGAUCUCAAUGGAUCCCACCCUGGAAAGAAAAAGCUGACAGCUCCUGAAAUCAGCCUUUCACUUGAUCAGAGUGAAGGCUCAAUACUUUCUGAUGAUAAUCUUGAUACUCCCGAAGAUCUUGACAUCAAUGUAGAUGAUCUCGAGACUCCUGAUGAAGCAGAUUCACUGGAAUAUUCAGGGCAGGGGAAUGAACUGGAGUGGGAAGAUGAAACACCCAGUGCAAUCAAUACCGGAAGAGAAGUGGCAGAGCCUAUACCAGAGUACACAGCUGAAGAGGAACGCAUAGACAACCGGUUAUGGAGAACUGUUGUCAUUGGCGAGCAAGAACACAGGAUUGACAUGAAAGCCAUUGAACCUUACAGAAAAGUAGUUUCUCACGGGGGAUACUAUAGUGAUGGGCUCAAUGCCAUCAUUGUGUUCGCUGCGUGUUUCCUGCCUGAAAGCAACCGACCUGACUAUAAUUAUAUUAUGGAGAAUCUCUUUUUGUAUGUGAUAAGUACUUUAGAGCUCUUGGUGGCUGAGGACUACAUGAUCAUUUAUCUGAAUGGAGCGACUCCACGAAGAAAGAUGCCAGGCUUUAACUGGAUGAAAAAGUGCUAUCAAAUGAUUGAUAGAAGAUUAAGAAAGAAUUUGAAAUCAUUUAUAAUUGUCCACCCAUCGUGGUUUAUCAGGACGAUACUUGCUGUUACUCGACCUUUUAUUAGUUCAAAGUUCAGCAGUAAGAUAAGGUAUGUCAGUAGCCUAGCUGAACUGGAGGAGCUGAUCCCUAUGCAACAUGUUCAGAUACCAGAUACUAUUAGAGAGUGUGAAGAAGAAAAGUGUAAAAAAAGAAGGAUGAGGUUGGAUGAAGAACUAAAAGAAGCAUCAGACACAACAAACAGAUUGUCGAUUGAAUCAGAAGCAUCUUCAGAUGAACAAGUAGCCGAAACAACACUUGAUAAACACAUCGAGUAACCAGUCGAACAUGGAAUCCCAACUCUCACAUAUAUUUUUGGUUCCGACUAGCAACAGCAACUCUUUCAUCACUUCCUGAUUUACCUAUUUACCUGUUGGCUAUUCAUGUUUAAGAAGUGUUAUCUGUGAGUUAUAAAUUGAGACUAACAGUUGUGCCUGUGAAUAUAAUGUCAUAAAUAAUAUAGUGAUGAGUGGCAAUAAUAUGCAUCUACUUAAUGAAAUGUUUAUUUCAAAAUAAUUGUACAUUUAAAAAUAACACUUCAGCAUUGCCAUAUUAAAGAGAAUCUUACGAUGCCAAAUUAAAUAGUAGUGCCUCCUUUCAUCCUGCCACCCCUUCCACCGUUGCCCAACCACUCUCCAUCACCAUCGUUCUUUGUGAACAUCGCUUCGUGAAAUUAUCUGGUUGGCAUAAGAUCCCAGCCUGGCGAAUGCCAAUGUGGUAUUUUGAGAUUGUUUCACGUUUCAGGAGAAUAAUAGAAGAGCUUUACAACAUUCAUAUGAAAUCAUUAAAAGCCAAUAUAAACCUUGUGCUUUAUUUUCUGGCAGAGAUAGAUCACGUGAGAUAUGUUUUAGAGCUUUCUCAUGUUAUCUUAAUAUAUACGCCUUCAGCAAAAAUAGUUUUAUUUGUGCAAAAGUUGAAGGGUGAUUUAUUUUUAGCUCAUUUUUGUUGCUGCGACAGUUUGUUCCUCUAAAAACAAAUACUUCACUGCCUGCAGUCAGUCCCCAGGUUAUGGGAGGGUUCCGCUGCUGAGACCUAUUCAUAACCUGAGUGGUAAGUUGGAAAUGAACAAAAACAUUGCAAGGGAGAGGCUCAUAGAAGCACCCGUUAUGGGAGAAUGCACAUAGACCCAAAAACAAAAAAUAUAUUUUUCCAGUAUAUUCAAAUUCUCCAUCAUCCUGGUUUAGUUAUGUAUCAUCAAACAUUUUCAUUGCUUGAUCAAAAUCUUGUUGCUCUCCAGAUAACAGCAGUUUUGAAGAAUCUUCACCACCUGCAGUUGAUGGAGGAGUUCUAAGCUUCUUCAAACCAACCAAGUAUGGCAAUAAAAUGCUGGCUGCACCAGUGAUUCUUGAUACAUGGGCAUCCCUUUACUUCCUUAAAAUAUAGGCAUUCCUUUACUUCCUUGUUAACCUUUAAUUUUUUGCAAAUAUAAAUCAACCUUUCACACCAAGAGCCAUUCUAGUUAGUUGAGAAAUCAGAAUAUAUUUGAGAUUGCAAAACGUAACUUUGAUUUCUGGUUCAACGACCCAUUGAUUUCUGUGCUCAUUUUGAGGAAUCAAAGAUGAACUUUAUUAUUUUCAUGAUGAAUUUCAGUUUCACAAAUCCCAGGAAAAUGUUUAUUGGGGCAGAUGAUUGAAUAUUACUAGAUAUUAACUUUCAUAUUCUAAUUCUCGAGCUGCUUGCUGCUUUUUUAAAAUCAUUUUUGCAAAGGGAAGAAACUAAUUGUGCAGUAAACCAAUAGCAUACUAAUAACAGCAUAACUAAUUAAUUAAUUAAUUAAUUAAGAUAGGCCUAAAAUAGGAAUUCUUUAUUGAUGAGAUUUUGCUCAAUAGGAGGUGUUCAAAGAGAGUAAGAAAUUAUUAAUACAGUAAGAUUAGAUAUAGAUGAGUUAAUUAAUAAAAGCAAAAGCACUGCUCCAUUUAAAUUGUAUCUUCUACAACAUAAAUUAAAACUGCUGCCAUGCUUUGGAAACCUAGGAUAGCAUUUACUGUAUGUACACAGGGGGAUUUUGCAAUAGGUUCUUUCCUUCCAUGUCAAAUAUUGGAUUUAAGUAAAAUAACUUCAGCAUCAUUGAUUAAUAUAUAUAUGAAGUUGCAAUACAUGUGGUUUGAUAUUAAACAAUUUAAAUGCUAAAAGUAAAUUAGAAUUAUUCUUUUACUUGCAAGAGGUAGGCUGCAUUUAAUAUUAUUAUCAAUAUCAGGCGAAGAAGUCAUGAAAAUAUUAAUGACUACCGAGCAAAAAGGUGUCAAUUUUCUUUCAAAAAUAUUUAACUACAAUACCAACUCUGAAAUCUCAUUCAGUGACAUCCAUUAACUAUUUAAUAUUAUCUUUCCCUUCCACAGCAGUAUGUUAAAUGCACAACUCGCUUGCACACAGAUUUAUUUCAUUUAGGAUUCCUUUCUUAAGAUCUCUGUGAUGCUAUUCUAUCAUUCAAAAGUUUCUAAAUUAUCUUGCAUCGUGCUUUUGGAAUAAUUAGUUACAUGUUGGUUUAUUCUUUUCUCUGUGAAAUAACUUAAAUUAAUCCACUUCCAUGACCAGUUUAUUUACCAAAUAAAUGUUUAGAAUCAUUUUCUCAAGAAUAUUUUUUCCUUCAAUAUCUCGUAUAUUGCAAUCUACAAAAUUCCAAACUAUUUUCAAAAAUCAAAUCCGAGCUAUUCCUGUAAAUAAAACUUAAUUGAAAAACCUCUAGCAUUUUUCCCAUUGGAAAAUAAUGUAUUUGAUUGAUGGAAAAUCUACAUUGCAAUUAAUAAAUUAUCUGUGACUAGUUACAGAAUUUGCUAUUCAUAUGUGAUGGAAGCCAAUAUAUAUUUUGAACAGUGUAAUGGAAUUCUAGAUUUCUCUUGCUAAAUUCUAUAACAUUUUCCAUUCCCAAUUUGUGGUAAUUGGAUACUAUAAAUAAAAGCCAAAACCAGAUAUGUUUUAAAUGUAUCACAGCAUUGAUGUUACUUCAUAACUGACCUCAACUUUUGGUAGAAAAUUCAUUGGACUUAACAACAAUCAAGCUGGAUAUUACCCAUUAUGUGUUCCGCAGUAUUUUAUUUAUAUUACAAUUUGUUUAAGUGAGUUACAUAGUCAUUCUGUACAAUUGACUAGGUAAUUUUAAUAGUUGAAUUUUCUCUUUAUCAGGUUAAUGUUACCUAUUGUGAUAGCAAAAAUGACAAAGAUGUUUCAAAAAGAUAUGUAAUUGCUAUAAGAUAAGAGAGUUAACAUUCUCAUUCUUUUUGUGCCAUAUGGGUGGCAUAGAAUUUGGAAAUGUGCAAGUUAAUAAUGGUAAAUCUAACUGAUUCUUUCUUAAGAUCGAUUUCUGUAUUAUCUUUUGUUAGAUGGAAAUGUUUGAAUCUAAAAAAAAUGCUGUUUUCAUAUCUGUUGGUUAUAUGUUCUGAAUUAAAGAUGAUCAGCUUUUAAAAGGACACCUUUAUUCUAGGCAGAGACUACAGUUUCACUGAAGGAAGAAACACCACCUGAAAUGUAGUUAUUUUUGGCUGUCCAGCUGCCGUGGCUGAGGAAGGAUCUCUGUUAUAGUUACCAUAAAUCACUAUUACUUUGAAAAAUCUUGGCAAGGUGGUCCUUUAUGGAAAAAAGUGUGAGACUGCAUAACCUUAUAAAGAAUAGUAAUUUGCACUAUUAAAUGCCAUGCUCUUCUAUAUAUUGCAUUGGUUUUUAUUAUGUGACCUUAACGAAAUAAGCAAUUAAAGUAAUGCAUAUGCUGUGAAUUGGGAAGUGUUUAAUGAAGUGAUUCCUGGAGCUUUCAAUAAAUAUCAAUGAAUUAAUGUUUAUGGUUGAUAUGAAGUUUAGAAAUGUGGUAACCAAUGAGGGUAGCUGUAACAUACUUUAGAAGAGCAGGAAAAUAGUAGAUGACAUUUAAUAUCAAGAAAUGUGAAUGAUGUAUUUUUGGGGGAAAAGAAGGAAAGGUGACAUAAAUUAAAUUAUCUGAUGUUAAACGGGCUCCAUUUAAUAUCAUAGGAAAAGUUGCCAUAGCUUACACAUGUACGUUUAGUUUAGAGAAACAGCAUGGAAAAUGGCCCAAUGGCACUUCAAGAUCAUACUGACCAACAAUCAGCCAAUACUAGUUAUGUCCUGGACAUCCCAAGUAGCAUACAAGGUUAAAAUUUUAUAAAUAAACGUAAAGGCUGCAAAGUUUUACUGUACUGGCGCAUCUUAGGGUAUUGAGAUGAAGAUCAAAAAGGUUCCCCUCUACAAAUACUCUUCUGGGACCUACAUAGAAACAUGGAAAAUAGGUGCAGGAGUAGGCCAUUCGGCCCUUCGAGCCUGCACCGCCAUUCAAUAUGAUCAUUGCUGAUCAUCCAACUCAGUAUCCUGUACCUGCCUUCUCUCCAUACCCCCUGAUCCCUUUAGCCACAAGGGCCACAUCUAACUUCCUCUUAAAUAUAGCCAAUGAACUGGCCUCAACUACCCUCUGUGGCAGAGAAUUCCACAGAUUCUCCACUCUCUGUGUGAAAAAUGUUUUUUCUCAUCUCGGUCCUAAAAGACUUCCCCCUUAUCCUUAAACUGUGACCCCUUGUUCUGGACUUCCCCAACAUUGGGAACAAUCUUCCUGCAUCUAGCCUGUCCAACCCUUUAAGAAUUUUGUAAGUUUCUAUAAGAUCCCCCCUCAAUCUUCUAAAUUCUAGCGAGUACAAGCCGAAUCUAUCCAGUCUUUCUUCAUAUGAAAGUCCUGCCAUCCCAGGAAUCAGUCUGGUGAACCUUCUCUGUACCCCCUCUAUGGCAAGAAUGUCUUUCCUCAGAUUAGGAGACCAAAAAUGUACGCAAUACUCCAGGUGUGGUCUCACGAAGACCCUGAUGGAACAUGCUAUCCCUAACAACUUCUCCUUCGACAACUUUCAGUUUUGACAAAUCUAAAGCAUAGCCAAGAACACUUGUAUGGAUGCUUGUAUGGACAUGUAUGGAUUAUGCACCUGCCUCUUGAUUGGCCAAGCGAAGCAGUCUGUUUUUCAAACCUACUUUAGCAUAUUUCUCCAAUUCCUACACAGCUAACUUCCACUCUGCUCUUGGUCAUUUGGAACAUUUCAGACGCAUCUCUCCCCUUUCUUGAUAUCUCUUCCCUGUGCUGAUGGUAAUUGAGGAGGAAGUGUUGCCAAUUCAUGCUAAUUGUGGUAUGUUGAUGAGGAAUUCAACAUUGUUGUUGUCAAUUCAUACCUAUUGUGUUGUGUUGAUGAGGAAGUCGAGGUUCCAGUUGCAAAGGUAUGUGCCGUGACUCAGUUCCCUGUGCAUGGUAACAGGUAUGGAGGGGAUGAAGUUGUUGAAGCUAUCCUUGUACAACAGCCUGACGUAUAUGUUUUUAUUCUUGUAUCAAAUUCUUUGUAUGUUUACAUACUUGGCUAAUAAAUUAAUUCCAA